GUAAAUUAGUUGAGUUUGAGCUUUGCAUUGUCUGGAAGAUUAAAAGAAUUAGCUGUGAGAUGCCAAUGCUAGUUUGACAAGGUUCUUACUUUGGUCGCCAAUGUUGCUGGAAUUUUAAAUAAUGAGGAAGUCUUUGAUGAGGAACACAGUGGGAAAAGCUUGGAACUUUGGAGGGCAGUGAUGAAUGAAUCAAUAAGGAUACUGUGUUGUCUUAUCCGAUAGCAUUGCAAAGCAGAAUUUGAGAUAAGUUGGAGCAAUUUGUUUUUGUUUUGAUGGCGUCUAUUAGAAGAACAUUGUCUCCGGUGCCUCGAGCAGGAAUUCCACUAAAUGGAGAAGUCUGUGCUGUGGCAUCUCCGUUGUCCAAGUCAUCAUCUUGUACUCAGAACUAUCCAUCAUCCGAUGGAUUUUUAUCAUCUCUAGCUGCUUCAUUAGAUUCUCAAGCUUUCGUUCUUAGUGUUUUUUCACCGAGAUCUUCUAGGCCUUUUGAGAAAUCAAAACCCAAGGGGCAGAUUUGGAGAAGGGCGCUUUCCCAUUUCUUCGUUUGUUUCAUGCUUGGAGUCUUUAUUGGGGCUACACCUUUUGCGUCAGUGACGUUGUCAACAAAUCUGUCAAAGCAUCAAGACUUACCCUUUGAAAUGGCAUCCUCAGUCGGGUUUCAUCAGUUAUAUGGUAGUGUAUUUGGAAAUGUAGGACCAUUAGACAGUGGGAAAAUGCAGAAGAAUGUUACAAUGGAGUCACCAGCCAAGGAGCAAGGUCCAACAGAAAGCAUCAUACUAAAAAGUGAGAUGCAGAACCAAUCACUCAUUCAAGAAGCAGAUUUGGAGUUCCGGAAGCUUUUGAUAAUCGUGACUCCAACCUAUUCUCAUCCAUUUCAAGCCUAUAAUCUGAAUCGUUUGGCACACAUGUUAAAAUUGGUCUCACCUCCAUUGUUAUGGAUCGUUGUGGAGAUGACCUCCCAGUCUGCAGAAACAACUGACAUCUUGAGGAGAACUGGGAUUAUGUACAGACAUCUUGUGUGUGAGAAAAAUCUUACUGAUGUAAGAGAUAGAAGUGUACAUCAAAGAAACGUUGCACUUUUUCACAUUGAAGCUCACCGUCUUGAUGGAAUCAUCUACUUUGCAGAUGAGGACAACAUCUUCUCAAGAGAUCUUUUCAAGCAAAUGAGGCAGAUUAGGCGCUUUGGAACAUGGUCAGUUGCCAAAACAGUGAGUGACGAAAUGCAAGCUGCCAUAGAGGGCCCUGUUUGCAAUGGAACUCAAGUAAUUGGAUGGCAUACAAACGAAUCAAGUACAGGGUUUCAGAGAUUCUAUGCUCAAAUGUCAGGAUUUGCCUUCAAUAGCACUAUACUUUGGGAUCCCAAAAGGUGGCAUCGACCGACUCUUGAACCUAUUAGGCAGCUUGACACUGGCAAUGAUGGUUUCCAGGUGAGCACAUUUAUUGAACAGCUUGUGGAAGAUGAAAGUCAAAUGGAAGGUUUGCUGCAAGACUGCUUAAGGGUCAUGGUUUGGCAUCUUCAUCACGAAUCGUCUAAUGCCUUCUAUCCUCACAAGUGGUUCAUGAAGAAUAAUCUAGAUGUCAUUGCUUCACUUGCUUGA